UUCACUUCCAAAUUCAUACAUCAAUAUUCUCAAAAACUAAUCACUCUUUAAGCUGUAUCCAGUUCUUUUUGUUGUGUUUUGCUUUGCAAAAAAAUAUGGCGCAUUACCAAUCUGGAGGAACCGAUCAGUACGGCAACCCAAUUCGCCAGACUGAUGAAUAUGGCAACGUAAUCUCCGAGACCGGUCAGUACGGUGACCCCCUUCGUCGGACCGGUGAGUUCCGUGAAACUGACCAGUAUGGAAACCCUGUGCGUCGAACUGAUGAUGUGUUCGGUAACCCAGUUGGAACUGGGACGGGGAUGGGGACCGGUGGGACAUAUGAGACGAGCGGAUACGGUGGGGCAGGGUAUGGAGGAGGACACCAUCAGCAGCAUAAGGAGCAUGGGGGCAUACUUCAUCGCUCUGGGAGCUCCAGUUCUAGCUCCUCGGAAGAUGAUGGGCAUGGAGGGAGGAGGAAGAAGGGGCUGAAGGAGAAGGUAAAGGAGAAGCUGCCAGGACGUCACCAUCAUGAGGGGCAAGCAGUGUCAACCACGACCCCGGGCGGUUAUGCGUCGGCCGAGCAUGGUGGGCAGCAUGAGAAGAAGGGAAUAAUGGAGAAGAUCAAGGAGAAGCUUCCGGGACAUCACUGAGAAUGACUUGGAAAGUGUCCAUGUUUGUAUGCUGUUUAUAUUAAUAAAAUUACCGCGGUGAUCUUAGAAGGGGUAUCAUGAAUAGAUCAUAUAUAUAGAUCUAUAUAAAAAAAAACGAAGGCUGUUAUGUCACAAAUGAUCAAGUAAUUUAAGGACUAGCUUCGGUUGAUGCGUGUUAUGGUUGUUUGUAUUAUGUAUAAUUUCUGGGUUGUGUGGUUGAAUCAACAAUGUUUCUCAAAUAUGUUACAAAUA